AUGUCCGGAGACCCGAGCCAAGACCCUACUGCUCUGGAACUUGGCGGCUGGCUGCAUGACAACCGUGACCGCCUUUCCAGUGACGUCGCGACCGUGCUCAAGCGGAUCACGAACGCCUCCCGGAACUGGACCCCAGGCAUCGUCUCAGUCGUGAGCGUGUUCAUGACUGCAAACCUGACCGUGUUCGUGGUGGCUACAGAAGAGGUGACCAAGGAAGAACUCGGCAAAGUCCUGGUUGAAACGGGGGUCUCUUUCGCCCUUUCUGUCGGGGCAUUGGCAGCCAUGAUCAAGGACUUCGGUAACAAAUCCACGAGGAAGGUGUUGGGCACAGCGAGCGCAAUCGCGGGGGCCGCAGGCCUGGCAGCAUUCUUCUUGGCUCCAGAAGUAUUGGAGAAGAUGGGCCUGUCGGCUUCCGCGGUUGGGCCUACGAUCGCCCUGACCUCUGGUUUCCAAGUUCGUCUUUACGAGUGGUUUGAGGACAGGGGAACCGUGAGAUCAUCGGCGACGAGGAAAGAACGGAGACUGGGACCACUACUUGAUGAUCCUGGUUGCGCAUGUCCACCAUGGCCGGGUACCAAUGUGGAGCGGACGGAGAAGUCCAGCUACUGA